AUGUCUACUGCCACUACUGUAAUCAUUACCAAUCUCGCUUUCAUCACUGCACAAUUAAAUCGUUCACUUGCUCUCAUAAUUCUAAUCUUUGGUACAAUCGGCAAUCUAAUCAAUAUUCUCGUCUUUUCACGACGUUCUCUACGUAAACAACCAUGUUCAAUCUAUUUUCUCGGUGCUUCAAUCGCCAGUCUUUUUGCUCUCUACUCUGGUUUACUGAGUCGCCUUCUAAGUGGCUAUAAUCUUGAUAUAUCAAUUUAUAAUGAUAGUAUAUGUAAACUACGAUUCUUUACUGCCUAUUGGUGUUUAACAGUAUUAGCCUGGUUUCUCGUUUUUGCUUCUAUUGAUCGUUAUCUCGGUACAUCACGUCUUGCUUAUCGACGAAAUUUUAGUCAUCGAUACGUUGCCUAUCGUGUGGUUUCUAUUGCAUCCUUAUUAAGUUUUCUUGCUUAUAUUAGUGUUUUCUUUUGUUUCAACACUAAUUCAUUCCUAUUAUCACGUCAAUGCUAUUCUCAAGGAAUUAUCUGCCCGUUUGUUACUGAUAUAGAAUUCUUAAUUCUAUAUUCAUUGCUACCAACUAUUAUAAUGACAAUUUUUGGUUCUCUCACAGUAAGAAAUGUAAAACAGUUAGGCAGACAUAUAGCACCUGCCACUAGUAAUAUAAUCGCUGCAAAUAAUCGUCAACUGCGUCGGCAAAAAAAAAUUCAACUUGUACCAAUGCUACUUACACAAAUUGUUUUAUUUCUUCUUUUUACUGUGCCUGUUGCUGUUAGUAAACUCUAUACGUCAUUAACAAAUCUUCUGAACUAUGAGAAAACAAAUGAACAAGUGGCACGUGAAACAUUUUCAUAUAAUGUAACAGUUUUAAUAACAUAUUUAAACUGUUCAGUGAGCUUCUAUGUUUAUGCACUGACAGGACAUCUAUUUCGAAAUGAGUUGAAAAAGACAGCACAGAAACUCAUUGAUAAAAAUUAUACUUCAAGAACAACUACAUGA